AUGCCCGCACCCUCACGCUCACCCUCGCGCCUUCCCCCGGAGCUAAUCUGGCACAUAAUCGAGAACCUUCUCCCCUCAAACACCCUCGCAAUUCUCCCGCCCUCCUCGAGCGCAACAAAAACGCUCCUCUCCUUCACCCUCGUCAGCCACUCCACCAACCCCAUCGCCACCCGCCUCCUGCGCCAACGCUGCAUGCACAUCGACUCCAGCCGUCGCCUAAGCCAAGUCCUUCUGACGCUCCUCGCCGCGCCCCGGCCCGCGACCCUCCCGCCGGUCUUCUCCCUCAAGUGCAUCACGUCGCUCUAUCUGGGGCCCUUCGGCAGGAGCCUCGACGACAAGUCCGUCGCGCUGUGGAUCCGCGAGCUCUUCUGCGAGGUGUGCGCGACGCUGCGGCGGCUGGUCAUCGACUGGCCCUGGCAGAGCCUGGACCCGUUCGAGGACCACCUCGACAUCCUGCCGACGCUCAGGGACGGGAUCGGGAGGCUGGCGGGGCUCGAGAAGUUGGUUUUGCUUCGCGCCUUCCCGGCCCUGCCGCCCCACGUCGACUCGCCCGCGUGUUUCUGGUAUGCCUGUCGUGAUAUCAGGCGUCUGGUGCUGUUUGGGGUCCCGAUGGGCCUGGGCGAAUUCUGGAAGGAGCUUGCUGGAUUCCCCAAGCUUGAGCAAGUGGUGUUUGUGCGUUCCUUAUCGCUGGAAGGAACGAACAUUAAAAAAGAGCUCUGCGCUUCGGACCAGAGCGCUUUGGACGGUAAAGUGUUGUUCUCCACGCCGGUCAGGAUCGUACUGGCCGAUGUGGAGAACGAAAUGCCGGAGGUGGUGACGGAUAGAUGGGCCGAGUACGACCCGGCUGGGUUGGUGAGGGUUGAGAAGUACUAUAUUCCGACAUCCUUCUAUGGCGACGACGAUAUAAAUACGGCGUUGCAACAUCCUGAUCGUCGCGCACUCCCGCGCAUCUCCCCGAAUCCUACCCCGUCCUCCCAGCUUAUCCCGAACAUCCCGACUCCAGACAUGCCCGACAAAAACCUCACGACCAUUUCCUACGCUGCUGGCGCAUCCCUCGCCGCCAUCGCCCUCGUCUAUGUUUUUGCGCCCACUUUCACAAUUGACGAGACUAGCACCUCGUCCUCGCGCAGGAAGGGCGUCGUGGGUCUGCGCAAUGCCGCCAACGACUGCUUCAUAAACUCGACCCUACAGGCUCUCGCCGGCCUGGGCGAGCUUCGUAUAUACCUCAUCCGCGAGACGCACCGCCGAAAUAUCGACGAUGACGGCGUCUACUCCCAAUUGGUUCAGCCCCCGGGCAAGAACUGGCCCGACUGGAAGAUUGAGGGCAUGCAGCGCGGCCUGGUCACACAAGGUUUGAAGGACAUGCUUGACUCGCUGAACGAGCGGCCCAUUUACAAAAAGUCCAUCUCUGCCAUCGACUUCGUGCGGGUUUUGGAGACGGCGUUCAGACAGCGCAUUUCGCGGCAGCAGCAGGAUGCGCAGGAGUUUCUCCAAAUAGUGGCCGAGAGACUCAAGGACGAGUACCACGCUGGAGAGAGAGCCCGAGAACACGCGCGACUAGCCGCCUCGGCCGGGGCAUCCGUUAACGGCGAACCCAACGGGGAUGCCGUCCAACAGAAGCUCGAAAAUCUCAACCUGACCAACGGGCACAGUGACGAGUCCACCUCCGCAUUGCCUACACCCACCGUGCCCAAAAUCCAGACCAAUGGAAUCCACAUUUCCGCAGACGAGGACGAAGGUUUCCCCAUGGAGGGAAGAUACGAGUCGCAGUCGGAAUGCCAGACCUGCGGCUACAAGACGAAGCCGAGGGAGGAGACGUUCUACAUGCUGACCCUGAACGUCCCCCAGACCAGCUCCACGACCUUAAGCGCCUGCUUUGACGAAAUCUUCAAGACGGAAAUGAUUGACGAUUUCAAGUGCGAGAGGUGUAGACUGAUUCACGGAGAAGAGUCACUGAAGAAGGAUCUGGCAAAGGCCAAGAACGAGAGCGAAAAGCAAGCGUUGGAAGAAGCAAUUCGAAAAUUGCGGGUGGCCAUCGACGGCGAUCCCGAGCACGUCCCCGACGACAUUUUACUCCCCGACAUCAGCACAGCACCGAAGCGCAGGAUCGCACGAUCGACUCGCCUGACGUCUUUCCCCCGCAUUCUCGCCGUCCACCUCUCCCGCUCCAUCUACGACACGACUUCGACGAAGAACUCGGCCAAGGUUGCGUUCCCAGAGCGCUUGCCAUUAGGUGGUCUUCGCGAUCGCAGAAACUAUAAGCUGCUAGGUCUGGUGACGCACAAGGGAAGCCACCACAGUGGACACUACGAAUCGUUCCGGCGCCAGAACACCUACGCACCGUACUCGAAUCAAAACACAUUCCAGCCCUCGGGCAUCUACAGCAAGACGGCCAGCCCCGCAGCGACGCCUCAGCCCUCGACGCCGCAACUCGGAGCCAGCCCUGCCGUGUCAACACCAGAUCUGCUCACGCCGAGCUCGGAAACCAACUCGUCCACCCCGUCUCUGUCUUCCUCUUCCAACGGCUCGCCAAGAGACCGCAUCAAGAAGCGCCUCAGCACGACCUCGGCGCCACGCGACAGGCAGAAAGAACCCGAUUCAGGCAGCAUCCGAUCCGUCAAGUCACUCACCGCCUCGGCCAAGAGCACCGUCUCCAAGAUCUCCCAGCGCGUCAACGGCAACAGCACCCCGGGAUCGAGCCCUCCGCGGUCCACGCCCAUGGCCGUCGCGCCCCGCCCACCCGUGCACAAGCGGAAGAAGCAGGCGACCGACCGCUGGUGGCGCAUCAGCGACGAGAAGGUCCGCGAGGCCAAGACCAGCGACGUCUUGGACCUGCGCCGGGAGGUGUAUCUACUCUUCUACGAACUCGAAAGGGACAGCCCGUAG